AUGGUGAAAGAAAAUAGCGAAGGGUUAUACGUCACCGUCCCGAGUUUUUUCCGAUGUCCGAUAUCCAUGGACGUCAUGAAGUCUCCGGUGAGCCUCUGCACCGGAGUGACAUACGAUAGGAGCUCCAUUCAGACUUGGCUGGGCCAAGGCCACAAGACCUGCCCCGCCACCAUGCAGGUCCUACAGUCCACUGACGUUGUCCCUAACCUCACCCUUCGCCGCCUGAUCCAUAUCUGGUCCGACUCACUGGAUUCUAAUGUCGCCUCUACUUCAUCAACUCCGAUCAUCUCGAAGCAACAAGCCGUAGAUUUUAUCAAAAGCUUCGCUAACAAGAAAGCCGAUAACUAUUCCUGUAAUCUUUCUAAAAUCGUGGAUUUCGCGAAGUUCUCCGACGAUAAUCGAGAAUUUCUGGUGAAUCUGAACUAUUUUGUCCCGAUUACAGUUGCAGUUCUGAAAAAUGCUGCUGAUGAAAUUCACAUUUGUGAAUCGGUCAUCGCACUGUUCGAUUUGACUUUAUCUGAAAAAGGAGUCAAAGAGCAACUGAAUACAUCACUAAUCAAAGGUGAUCGAGACUGUUUAUCUCCAUUCAUUUUACUUCUUCGGAAAGGAAGCUUAAAUUCGAAGAUUCAAUCAGCUAGGGUUUUGGAUUCAAUCGCGUUAGACGCCCAAUCUCAACGCAUAAUCACCGAAAAACAAGGUUUACUGUACGAACUGUACCGUUUAAUUACCUCCGAGACCGAUCGGACCGCUCUCGAAGCCGUUUUGUCAUUGCUAAUCACAAUAUCAACCUCCAGACAUGUGAAAAAAGAGCUCGUCCGAUUCGGAAUCGUACCGACCGUAGGGAAAAUCCUCUCCGGUUCUGAUUCAGCCGGAACGACCAUGGACGAGAAGGCUUUGAAGCUGCUUGAAAUGGUGGCCACCUGUACGGAAGGACGGACGGCGAUCUGCGACGACGAGAGAUGCAUAACUGCGAUUGUGCAUAGGUUGAUGAAGUGUUCGAGUGUGGCGACGGAGCACGGUGUUACGGUGAUCUGGAGGGUGUGUUGUUUAGCGCGUGAUAAAAAAGCGCGUGAGGUGGUCAUGAGAUCAAACGGUUUGACCAAAAUGUUGCUGGUGAUGCAGAGUGGUUGCUCUGGGAGGGUUGAUGAAGUGUUCGAGUGUGGCGACGGAGCACGGUGUUACGGUGAUCUGGAGCGUAGUGGUUGCUCUGGGAGCGUGAGCCAGAUGUGUGCCGACUUGGUCAAGGUGUUACGGGUUAAUUCCAAGUCGUGUUUGGCGGUAUAUGACACUAAGACCACUCAUAUCAUGCCGUAUUGA